CACGGCUACCGUUCAAAGUGGGUGUGAAAAAUGCUCGUUCUCGGAUAUGCGCGUGAGUGACGGUUUAGCGCGCGCUGAGCGUACAACUUUUCAAGCUUCGCUGGUUGCCAGUCAUAACAGAGAGAGCUGUGCUUUACACGUGCGAACUUGGGCUGUGCGGUGAGCACUUACUUUUGAUGCCAUCCUUCGGUGGUCUGCGGCAAAAGUGGUGUACACCGCAGCGUUUCCUGGAGCCGGCGGUUUUCCCAGCGAUCGUGUAUGUGCUGUAGUAAUUGGUUAGUAUUGGUGGUCUGGGGCCCAAGUUGAGUUACUCUAAUUGCAAGUACGCGCGCGAAAUUCACUCAGCCUUUCAACGUUGCGGGCGGCAGCAUGGUAUCUUUGUGCGGUUGGGGAACACCACGCCGCGAACUGGAAAGAAAAUAAUAAUAAACCGUCUGGUCGGCAUGACGCAUUCGAUAAGAGAUUUCGAUGUAGGUUUUUCGAAAUUGGGCCUCAGUCGUUGGGCGAUGCGCGGUGCGAGUAGAACGUUUUCGUGGUGCUACUAGGGGAAGUGUGAAUUGCUGUGGAAUUGCUGAGAAUUAGCAACGAAUAGUUCCGUGCGAGUUGAAGAUUCAGUACACAACAGGAAGCAAGCAAAGGCCAUUUUAAGCCGAGGUGUGUCUUGGUGGGUGAAGUUUUAGGCAAUUUGGAAGCAACGACAAGUGUUCGGGUGGUGUAACUAGCGUCAUUUACAUGCGUCGUACCAGUGGAGAUUUAGCAAUUGCUUGAAGCUUUCAGAUGCUGGUGCCGAUGCUGUUACUACUUCAGUUAUUUCUGAAAGAAACUUUUGGACAGGAAAAUGUCCUGGAGAUGCUUUUCGACGAAACAAGCAUACUGCUGCGGAAUGACUCGAUCAAACGCAUCCCGGACACCAAACACUUCCUCAAAGAGUACGACUUCAUAGUGAUUGGAGCCGGUUCCGCCGGGUCAGUGGUAGCCAACCGACUGUCGGAGGUGAAACAGUGGAACGUUCUUCUGCUAGAGGCAGGGAAGGAUGAGAACAUGCUGACAGAUGUACCUCUGACCGCGGGUUUGACAACAGUCACCGGUUACAACUGGGGCUACAAGGCAGACCCGAUGAAGGGUGCCUGUCUCGGGCUGCGUAACGGCAUGUGCAGUUGGCCCAAGGGACGCGGUUUGGGUGGAACUAGUUUGAUAAACUUCCUCAUAUACACCCGUGGUCAUCCACGGGAUUACGACGAUUGGGAGAGUGCUGGAAAUUUCGGUUGGAGUUAUCGAGACGUGCUGCCGUACUUCAAAAAGUCCGAACGGGUUAAAAUUAGCAAACUAAAGCGAUCGCCAUACCAUUCGGGGAAUGGGUAUUUAGACGUUGAAUUCUCGUCAUUCGAAACACCAAUGCUGCGAUCCUUCAUAGAGGCCGGGAAACAGAUGGGUUACCAGGAAACCGAUCCCAAUGGAGAGAUUAUGAUGGGAUUUUCGAAGGCGCAGGCAACGAUGCGUAACGGAAGAAGAUGUAGCGCUGCGAAAGCAUUUCUUAGACCUGUGGCAAACAGACCAAAUUUACAUAUAUCUAUUAACUCAAGAGUGACGCGUAUUUUGAUUGAUCCCAUUACUAAGGUGGCUUAUGGGGUAGAGUUUCUUAAAAAUAAAAGACGGUACGCGGUGAAAGUUGGCAAAGAAGUGGUUUUGUCAGCAGGAGCUAUAGCUUCCCCACAGUUGCUGAUGUUGUCCGGUGUUGGACCUAAGGAACAUCUUCAAGAAGUCGGAAUUCCCGUAAUUCAAGAUCUUCGAGUAGGAUACAAUCUACAGGAUCAUAUGACUCUGCCUGGAUUAGUUUUCACCGUGGAUCAACCCGUAUCUAUACGGGAGCGUGACAUGCGAUCCCCGCCGAUUAUCUUUGAUUAUUUGCUGAACGGGAAAGGACCUUUCACUAUUCCAGGUGGAGCCGAAGGAAUAGCUUUCGUGAAAACCAAUAUUACCUUUUUGCCCCCAGAUUAUCCGGAUGUUGAAAUGGUGCUAGGAACAGGAGCCUACAAUAAUGACGAUUCUGGUUCGCUGAGGAAUGCUUUCGGGAUAACUGAUGAGUUCUAUCGAAAGACAUACGGUGAUAUCAUUGGACAGCAUGCCUUUGCCAUGUCACCGGUGCUGAUGAGACCGAAAAGCAGAGGUAGAAUUAUGCUGAAGAGUAAAAACCCGUUCCAUUGGCCACGAAUGCAAGGCAACUACUAUGAAAAUUAUGACGAUUUGGUAGUGCUUCGUGAAGGAAUUAAACUAACCGUACAAGUAGCGGAAUCACCGAAGUUUGCUCGUUUCGGUGCAAGACUUCAUAAGCAGCCAUUUUUCGGCUGUGCACAUUAUCGAUUCCGCAGUGACGAGUAUUGGGAGUGCUGUAUUAGGAGAAUCGGUACAAGUUUACAACAUCAGUCCGGAACUUGUAAAAUGGGUCCUACAUCGGAUCCGACAGCAGUCGUGAAUCCAGAACUUCUAGUUUAUGGCAUCCGAGGGAUUCGUGUUGCCGACUGCUCGAUUAUUCCGGUGAUUCCAGCUUCUCAUACCAACGCAGUUGCUUUUAUGAUUGGCGAAAAAGCAGCUGAUAUGAUCAAACACUAUUGGCUCAAUGAGAUACGAUAACACCGCAUAGUCAUCAGAAUAAAUGUGUCCCCAGCAAUGUGCUCUAGUCAACCGUUACCAUUAUAUCGAAACCGAGUUCAUUCGGGAAGAGUUUGAAUCGAUUUUAAUUCACUUAUUAUGUCAAUACUCGUAUGUGUUGUCGUGAUGAUACCUUGACGGUUUUUCCCGAUAUAGAAAGCUCAGAGUGUGCUUUGAGGUUAUACUAGAAAUACGUAAAAACUGAGUUUAGUAUAUCUUUCACAAAGCUUUGCCAGUUGUAUGUCAUUACAUAACACUCCAAGAACUGCCAAUACCUAACACGUUUUCUACGUAAAUCAUAAAUAUUGAAAUGUGAUCAACCUCGCACAACACAUAUUUCUAACAUAUUUUUUGGAAACGACGUAACUGUAAAUGAUAGCCGCUAAUUGUGUAUUCUCUCUUCCGGUAAAUAAAAAUUUUGCAAUGCAUAUAAAAAGAAUGUUUUUAGCUGGCAUAUUAUUUAAUACUAUGCUAGCUAAAUUCAUCAUAUUCUGAUAUGUAUUGCAAAAUUAUUAUAAAGUUUAUUAAAAUCGCCGCAUAACUAGAAAAAGUAAGCUUAUAAACAACGGCUCCUAUUACGUUGUUUUCGAAAAUUAUGGUGCAUUUUUCUUUUCCAUUUCACAGUUCGAUUCAUUUCACCAACCUUUGUUUGAUUUCCAAGGUUACUGUUGUUUACUUUAGAAAUGUUAAAAUCAUUGCGGCGCUCGCAGUGCCGAAUAGGAUAUAAGAAUAAAGAAUGCGAGACUGUUUAAUGUAAACACAACCGGCCAGUAGGGAGUUUAUUUUCUUUCCAUCCGAUCAGUUCCAGUGGUCAUUGGGCGCGUGCAGGUUUUUCUUGUUUCUCUCGAUCUAACGAAAACCAUCGAAAUUCGUUUGUUUUGGAUU